AGCAUGUACAAUAACUCCCAUAUUUCUAACCAUAUUAAAAUAUAGUGCUAACUUUAAUAAUGCGCGGCAGUAUGCAUAAUGCGCAAUAACUCUAAUAUUUCAUUCAUUUGACGCAAUUUAUACCUUAUCAGCGUUUAAAUGUCGUCGCCAAUGUUUACAGUUUUUUUGCCCUUGGUCGUGUCAAUCGUUCUCGUUCACGGUCAAGCAUAUGAAAAUACUCGAUGUAUUUGUGGGUGCCCCAGUAUUGCGCUGGUAACAAACAGUACGGCUGUCACGUUGAACAUUCGUAAUUUUCACAUCGCAAAUGUCCCACCAAAUAAAUGUAACUGCGAUGGUGUCAUUGUGCCAAAGCUUGGUGACAAGAUCAAGGGACGAGAGAAUGAGUUCUGCCUCCGUUGCGAAUGUAAAUAUGAGCAUCGUAACGUUACCAUUAUUAGAGUUGUGGUCAUAAUCCUUAUAUGGGUUAUUUCGAUUCUGGUAAUAUAUAUGGCUUUCUUGAUUAUCUUGGAGCCACUACUUAAAAAACGCGCCAAAGGAAAUUAUCAAGAACAUACAAAUGAAGAGGAUGAAACGGCAGCAGGUGUAGAGGGUCCUAUGUCUCAUGAUAUGAGUGUACGAGGAAAUGUAUUGAAUAGAGUUGGGCAUCAACAAGACAAAUGGAAGCGGCAGGUUAAAGAACAACGACGUAAUAUUUAUGAUCGUCAUACUAUGCUUAAUUGAUCAGUAAAAUAAUGUUGUUUACUUUAUGGUAAAAUAUAUGUACCUAUAGCGUAAGGUAAUUUUAAUUUUAUUUUGAUAUGUACAUUGUAAAUAUACGUACUUUUUAAGUAUUUUGA